GAAAUGGCAGUGCAGCAGUUGUGGACUGAUAGGUGAAUUAACCGAAAUUAUUCAAUUUACAUGAGCAGAGAAGAGUGUGCAUGUAAACUGGAGAGAAUUUGCUGGAGAGAAUCAAAUUGAAGGCUAAAGUGUUGGUCAGACAAGUUCAAGCUUACUGUAACAUGGUUCACCAAGCCGCAUAAGCCAAUCACAAUGAUGAGUGAGACGGGGCUUCGGAGGAUCCGCCCUGAGCAGUCUUCAGGGAGCGGGCACUCCUUUGGCACCCCACGUCACCCGAGCAUCAUCGACCCGAUCCUAUCAAAGCGGGUUUGCUUCUACAAAAGUGGAGAUCCUCAGUUCAAUGGUCUGCGCAUGGUCAUCAACAACCGCACCUUUAAGACGUUUGACGCGCUCCUGGACAGUCUCUCUAAAAAGGUUCCCCUGCCAUUUGGGGUGAGGAACAUCACCACUCCUCGGGGCAUUCAUGCGGUCUACACUUUGGAUGAACUGGAGGAUGGCAAAUCUUACAUCUGCUCUGACAGCCGUAAAGUAAAACCUAUCAACUUGGCACUGGCCAGGAAGAAGCUGCCUCCCUGGUACCAUGCCAGGCCGGUCAGCUCCCGCCGUCGGACUGUGCAGCAGGCCAGGUUUUUCCCCGGCCAGAACCUCCACAAGAAGGAACCGGUGGUUGUACGCACGCCAAAGAAGCUAAUGGUUUUUCGCAACGGGGACCCCACAGUCAAGCACAUUGUGGUGCUUAACAAGAGGACUACACCCACUUUUGAAUCCAUCCUGGAAUAUAUUUCAGAGCUGAUCCAGUUCCACGUUGUGAAAUUACACACAUCUGAUGGCAGACGUGUGGAUGGUCUUCCAGGCCUGAUAUUGUGCUCUGGUAUUGUCGUGGCCUCAGGGAGGGAGCCCUUCAGACCUGCAAACUACAAUGCACAGAAAUCACCAGUACAAGCCCUGAUGCCUACCGAUCGAAUGAGAAAAAGAAGACUAAAGGCUUUGAACCGUAAAAAGAGGUCUCUAAUAUAUGCUCCAGUAUCAAGAAAAUUCUCCCCUUAUUCUGAGCGGUACAUUGUAAAUCGGAUCCAUAACUCCAUCACAGAGAGUUCAUGCGACCUACCCAGCAACCACACAAACUCUGUUGAGAUGGAGUCUGGUCGUAUGCUGGAGUCAGUCGAUGAAACCGAGGGUGACACCCACCUUAGCGAUGGAGCAGCAGGGCAGGACAGCCUGCUGCCCACAGACGACGACAUUGAGAAGUCCUUUCGAGUGAACCAGGAUGGUAGCAUGACGGUGGAGAUGAAGGUGCGGCUGACAAUCAAGGAAGAGGAGACCAUCCAUUGGACGACCACUCUGUCACGCUCAAGUGCAGCCAGACAGCUUAAUGCAACCUGUUUACCGGAAGCAGAGCAGGACAUCAGCUCACUAAAAUCGAACUCACUGGAUUUACACAGUCCUGCCGCUUCUAUUGACACCAUCAACCGGGACAAAACUGAGGAUAACAAUGAUGAGGAUCCACCAUCUCUGGGCACUGGAGCUUUGAGUGAGAGUGGCAAUGAAGAAGAUCACAUCAAAGUACAAACGGAUGUGGUGUCCCCGAGGAGAGUUCCUACACCAGGGCACAAGCAAAUUAGAAAACAGCAAGCCUCUGUGGAGAGCAUCACAUCAGUAACAGCAGGGGGGGCUCAGGAGGGUAUGAUUGGCUCAUAUUCCUACCGGGAGCAGACAGAAUAUGGAGCCAUGACCGAGCAGUACUGCAUGGUCAAACAGAGUAACACCAAACCAGUGCCCAAACCCAGAAGACUUGGCUCUGUGGAUGCCAACAAUAUUAACAGCAGGAGUGUAUCCACAAUCAAAUCAGGGAUGGCUGAAAUCCUACAGAUUGAAUCCAGCAGAGAGGAGGUCACGGAAACCGUUUUACACGUAUAUGAACAGCAGACCUGUCAUGACAAUUUCCUUGCAAACUUUUGCGGACAAAGUAUGUCUACUUCUGGGAUUUCUUUUUGCAGGCCAGCUACCUCAGGAACUGGACAGCUCUCCUCCAAUAAUGACUUUGAACACGAGUCCUGGAGACCAUCGACAGCUUCUGAGUCAAUUAGUAUCUGGAGAGCUGAGAGCAUGUCGGUAACAUCUGAUUCAAUGUUGCCCUCACUGAAUACAGGUGCAAUUAAAGGAAUAAAUGUCCAGCAACAAUUCCCAAAGCCCACUCACGGCAAAGUCAAGCUCCAGCAAAGAGAGACCAAUAAAGAUAAGAGGGUAUCCUUAAAACCCAAAGUGAUCAACAAACGUGUUCAUCGGCUUAUGUCACCCAGGAAAAGACAAAAAGAAAAUUCUGCAGAGGCUGCCGAGAAACGUAAGAAAGGGAAGGUGAAAACUUUCUCCAGCGCUGGCUUCAUUAAGAAAAUUUAUGGGAAUAAAUCAAAAUCACCCAAAAGCAUGAUGAAGCUUAAAAAGGGAACACAAAAAGGAGAUGGGGGCGUUGCAACAGGAAGCGCACAACAGUCGGAUGAUACAAUAAAACGUAUUCUUACAGCCCCAAAUAUACCACCAACAGUGAGAGAAAAUACGAGUGAAACAGUUUCUUUGGAAAAAAUCAUGCUUAAUGUUUCUCCAAAUGACGGAAACCAACCACGGGGAAUACUGACACGACAGACAUCAAUGCAUCAGGAGAAAAAGAAUGAAAACGAGUCUUAUGAUGUCAACGAAAGCAUGUCACUGCCUGCUCUUAACUCCUGCAGUUCUGUUACUAAUGAGUACGUGGAGAACUGGCUUGAGAAGUCCCAGCCAAACCCCACAACCUGUGAAAAUGAGAAAAGUAGAAAAGUAGCAGUUACUCUUGUUCAAACAGAAAAUGCCGAGUAUGGAGAGCCUGAAAAUAAGGAUGGCUUGAUUAUUGUGGCAGAGAAGGUAAAGUGUUUGGAGCAGGCAUCAGAAACACAAACAUGUCAAACCCUCAAAACUGACCUUCUGCCUGAGAUGGUGCGAAGAGCUUCUGUCAAACAAAGGAUUAAGUCCUUUGAAAACAAACUGUCAAGUCAACCAACGGAGAAAAGGACAGGCAAUCAGCAGGUCGCCCACAAUCAUACGACCAUUACAAAUACAGAAAACUGCAAUAGUGUAGGUCAGAAUAAUGUAGAAGAAAUGAGGCCUCUCUCACAAUACUACUGUCCUGAAACAAUUCCACCAACUGAUGAGACCUCAACACAAAUGCCAUCAGGCAGUGAAGUAGAAAAUAAAUCAAGCUCAAUCAAAAUCUCGCUUCAAAAGGCAGAAUCUUCCAACUCAUUUACGAUGGACCUACCAUUUCCACCACCACCACCUGCUGAAACCUUAGAGCUAUCAAACACUGAAUACUGUGCAAUGGAUGUACUUUCAGCUGCCAGCAGCCCUUUAUACAGACUCUCAUCAGUGAGCAGUCAAAUGUCAGAUAAUCAUCCAUUAUCCAUCAGUCCUACAUCUGACGAUGCCAUAUCACCUACAGACCACACAAUGGAAAUUACAACAUCAAUUCAGGCUGACAUUCCUUCCACACUGGAGGAUGGACCAUUACCAAGAACUCAAUCUAUUAAAAGGGCCCCUUUGGUCAGUAAUCUGUCUUUUGACAGGAAAAUGUCUCUCAGAAAGGCUCGCCUGGAUAAAAAUGCUUUAUGUACUGACGCCACCUCAGAGACAAACACAUCAUCAUCUACUCCCAUCAAAACAGGGGAUGACAAUGUGUUGCCAAAUGGCAUCUCUUCAACAAGAACACAACGACUGAGUGAAACACCACUAGAAGAGACACAGAAAUCAAACGGCUUCUUAGAUUUGAAGAAUAGUCCUUCAUUUUGUACUUCUGCAUCUCCUACCAGUUUGACGUCUGAAGAGAGAAUGUCAUCAGCCAGUAUUUUAUCAAGUGAGGGUCAUCCAGAAAGUGAUCUUUCAUUUAAAGAGACACAAACAAGUAAAACACAACUUUUAACUCAAAUGGAGAAAACAUCACUAAAACCCUUGGUGAAAAAAGUCAAACUUGUGACCAGUCCUUCUCCAGAGAGAAAACCCCAAACCAAGAAAGUCUCCAGUGAACUUCCUCAAAACUCUCCAAAAUUGUCAUCAAUACAUAACCACCCAUCUGACAAAAGUAUGUCACCAAAUGUUGGAAGACGAAAAAAUGCAACACCAGACGCUAGCCCCUCCACUGAGAGAAAGCAGAAGCUUUAUAAAUUGCAAAAGAGAUCCUCCCCGUAUUCUCAGUCUCUGGACAUGGCAUCGCCACCUGUCAAACAAAAGUCAAGUAGAAAGUUGCUCUCCAGAAAUCUCUCCUCAGACAACGCAUCCAAGCCGACAGUCAAGAUUCAAAGGAGAACGUCAUCUGAACGAAAGCGUCACCAAACGCCACAGUCAAUAAAAUCGGCAGAGCUGGACAAAACACCAACAUGUAACACAGCCACGCCGUUGGAAGCUGAUCUGAGUGACGACAAGGUGAGCAAGGCAGAUGACCUUAGAACAGAGAGAGCCAAGACAACCACUCAGAUAAUGCCAGAGCCAUUAAACACCUUAAAUCAGCCCAACAUGAAACCUGUGCUGGAGGAGAUUUGCUACUCAAUAAAGUCAAUUAGACAGAUCACGCAGAACAAACGUCCAUCAUGUCUGGAAAAGUCCAACAGCCUGCCUGACUUCUCCUCUCAUGUGGCCUCUACGUUUGGCUCAUCUUCUAAAGCUCUCCUUGCUUUCUUGUCGGUGAUGACCCUAAAGGAAGGUAUAACUAACCUAAACACGGAUGAGCUGAAUGCAAACAGCGUCAGCUGUGCAGAGGCUUUAAAAAUGAUCGAUUCUCUUAGAGAAAUUGCCAACAUUGAGGAUUCCCACAAAUUGAAAGUCAGUUUGUCAGAAUUACAGAGGUCGGCUUCGAAGCAGCUACUGCAAAGUUGGAGGGGCUUUCAGGAACUCGGCGAGAAAUGCAAGAGCCGCAGUUCAACACCGAAUGACUCAGGGCAAGGAAUCGUAAUCGAGGCUAGUCCUGGAAUUGAUGAAAAUGUGAUUGAUGAGAUCAUGGACAAUCUUGGCAUACCUGAGGAGCUCAAGGAGGAAUUGGCCUCCCUUUCAGUGGAUGUCGACAGUGACAGUGACGAUGAAGAAAUGGUGUCAGCCAGGAUUAUUGAAAAAGCAGAACUGCCACCAAAAGACAACAGUGAGGCCAACAUAUCCCAUUUCUCUACUGAAGCUGCUGUAAAGGUCACGGAGGACACUCAAGAUGAGAACGUUAAUGUCAAUGUGAGCGCCAUCAUCAAACAAUUCACAGGCAUUAACCAGCCAAAACCAGUUAUCACCAGUAGUAUAACAGAAACCGAGAAGAACAAACCAAGGGCAACUAAAGACAAGCACAGUGAACCAAAUGAUGAACAGAUAGACGAAGAAAUGAAUCUCAGUAGUACAGUAUUGACGGUAGAAGAGAAUGAAGAAGGUGUGGAGUCAUGCAGUGACACAGUAAAUCAAGAGGAUCAGCCACAGGAAGGCCACAAUGAAGAUGAAUCAAACCAAGAAAUGGCAAGCAUGAGUGGAGAUUUCAGCACGAAGAAAAAUCAUGACCAAGACAGGUUUAACUCUGAGGUAAAGGAGAAAGACAUGGAAGGUGAUCAGCUGCAGAUGCACAGCGAGGAGAGCUUGAGUAUCUCUGAGAAUGAGCUCACUCACGAUAAUGACUCAGGUUCAGAACAGGGAGGGCAGGAUAAGUCAAGUGCCAAUAAAGAUUUAGAGCAGGGAGUCAGCUGUGAGCAAAGUGAAGCUAGCUCAGAAUCAGGUGAGCAGCAUAGUUCAGAGGAGGAGCCAGACGUUGAAUGUGAGGGGAUAAGACAAGAGAGCAGGGACAGUGAAGACUUGUCCAACCCUGAAAGUCACUCUGAGGAGGAAGAGGACAAGCAACCAAGCUCUGACUACUAUGCAGAACUAAAUGUAAGAGGGAAGGGAAGAAUAUCCAGCCCAGAUAGUCAAAACAAGUCUUUGUCAGAGGAAGAGCAACCUGACGUUGAGAUAGAGUUGAGCAACAAAGACGCUUUGUCAGUCCCUGCAAGUCCAUCUAACUCAGUAGGAGGAGAGCAGCAGAGUCAAGCAGGCCCUUUAGGACUGCAUGCAAGUGUUGACGAAAGCACAAUUAAUUCGGAUGUAGAGGAGCCAUCUUCAGAGGACGAGCAGCCUGAGGUUGAAUGCAAAGAACUCGAAGCUGUCAAAAUCAAGGAAAGUUUGUCUUGCGGUGAGGAAAAGCAGGAGGAAGAGCACAUUAAUAAUCUUGAGGGUGACAGUAAAAAACUCAAGGUUAUCAUUGAGGAAAGUUUGUCUGGCAAUGAGGAAGAGCAGGAGAGCGUGGAGGAGGAAGAACACUCUGAUGAUCUCCCAGCAAAAAGGUAUUCAGAGUUAAAGACUUUGAUAGAAGAGGCAGAUGAGGACAAGGUCAGUUUAGAUGAUGAAGACCUCUAUGCAGAAGAGGCAGACAUCUGUGAUGAGACAAAAAGUCAGACUUCUGUAGAACUGGGAUACUUGAUAGAAAACCAGGAUUCAUUUACCAAGAACAACAAAAGCAGUUUGAUAAAGUCUGACCGAUUAGCAAAGCGGUACAGAUUCAGUGCAGAUGAGGACAGCGGGAAUGACCACAGCAGCUGUGAAGAACAUGUAGAGGCAGAGCAACCAAAGGUCAGAGAUGAACAGACCAGCAGCUCAAUUGAGGAAUUAAGCUUGUACGAAAAAGAGUCUAGCUCAGAAGAGGAGCAUGAAAUUGUGGACAAAUACAUAGAGGAAGGCUGUACAGAACAUCAGGAAGCUUCGGUGGAGAUACAGCCUGAAAUUAAGAAUCGUGAGAAUGUCAAGCCAUUUUCUGAAGAAAUGGUGUCCCAGUCUAUCGCAGAGAGAGUACUCCUUCUAGAAAAGCAAGUUGCCGAUGCCCAGACGAGGAAGAAUACAAAAGAACGUUCUCCUGUGAGACGUCUCUCACAAAGAACUGCCCCGCCUGAGUCGGACAGCGAGGACUCACCCUCUGACCUGCCCACAUCUGACUCUGCGCUUGGCUCCCAAUCAGCUCCUCAGUCAUCGUUAUCUUUCAGCUAUGAUUCCAGUGGCGUCAUAACCUCAGAGCCUGAGGGCAGGGUCAGAUCCAUCAGGGAAAUGUUCCUGGCAAAGAGCACCACAGACAUCCAGCACGGACAUCGACGUUUCCAAAGUCCGAGAGCGUCAGAGUUCCCCGAGUUAAGAGCAGAGACCUCAGCGAGUGGCGGGUAUCAGUCUCAGAGUUCAAGCGAGCUGUCAAGCGGUGAAGAUGACUCAGCGCGGAAAUCCAUCACUAAGGGCUUUGUGAGAAGAACAAUUGAAAGGCUUUAUGGAAAGAAAGAUGCUAAUCUGGAUGAAGAAGAAGGAGAAAGGCCCCCGUCUGCGCCAAAACAGAAAAAGAAAGAACAUUCAAGCAUUUUCUCUCCCUUCCACAUAGCCCGGUCCAAAGCCGUGUCUGAGUUGUCCUACUUCAGUUCCACUAAUGCAUUGGACACCUUCACUGAAGCAACACGGUGCAUCGUUUUUAACACGCAGGUCGGGCCUGGAGUCACAAUGGAUGGCGAACAGUGGCUCCUGAGAGAGAACGCACUGAUCAGAAAGUCCGUUUCAGACCCCGUGGGGAUAAACAAAGCCUUCACGAACGCUCCUCAAGGUGAAAAAAUCUGUAAGGACACAGAAGAGAGCACACCAUAUUCCCUUUUCAGCACAACGUCCGAGCUGGAGGAAAAGAAGUCGCUUCCGAGGAAGUGCACCUACUUCUCUUUGCCCCAUGCUAGUGACUCAGAUGCAUGUCAGGAUGACUUGAGCACAGUGAGCAAGAGCAGUGUGAAUGGUGACAGCGUCAUUGACACAAAGGACAAUCCAGAGGACACCAAAACCUGGGCAGAGAGGAAUGGCACGCUGCCCGGUGUUGGUGUUACUGACUUUAAGAUGAAGGAUAACAAAGUGCACCCGCUGGUAGAGCCUCCACCCGAUCGUGCGGUUGUAGUUGCGCAGCCUUGCAGAGGUCAAGGUGUCAUGAGCAGGAGGCUUCAGGAGCCUGAUAUAUUGGACGAAUUGUACGAUUUUUGUGGUCAGAAUUGUCCCAUCCUGUGAGGACAUAACAUUUAGCUUUGUAACUCAAAACCCCCAAACAAGGACUGAGGACUUUCGUUUGUCUAAAUAACUGUACAUUGUUGGGCUACAGUAUAAUAGCUUGUCUCUGGUGCCUAAAGUUUGAUGUUGCCAUAGCCUUGGCAUGAUACGCUAUCAUAUGUCAACUCAUCUGAAUUAACUUCCGACAGCAACAGUCACAGUGUGUCACAGAUGCACAAGCCAAUGGAGUAACAUUUUAUCAACCUUCAUAUUUUUACCGUCUAAGCUAAGCUUGUGAUCGCAUUGUUGGUUUAUGCUCCUCAUUUAAUGUAAAACUUAGUGGAUGUGUUCUGUCACAUCCCGAAUGUGUAUUUGCCACGCACCCUCCAGAGCAGCUCUCGUCUUCUUAUGGGUUUGCCUGUCAACAGAACAAGUACCCAGAGAAUUACUGUAAUCUCGUUUUAAACUCUGUGUUUAAACCGAUCAAGUCCCUCGCAGAUGUCAGGCAACAAGGCCAAUCCCCACCGCACUGAGUGAACGGGUCAGUUUGUGGUCACAGCUUGAGUUCGGGCCAAAUCGUGCCGUUUCUUUUCCUUACAGUCCUAAAAGCAGCUCAGAACGAAACAGGUUGUGUACAGAUUGUAGGAAUUGUCAGUAAGUACUCAGUGUGGUGCUUGAUUUGUUGUUGUUUUGCAUAUUGUUUAUUGUAUAAUGUGUACAUUUAUUGAUUUUCACCAAGUAACCAUAGCUUAAGAUGUAUGUACAAUAUUCUGAUAUUCAUGAUUAGGAUAAAUUCGUUUUCAAUGUGGCAGCUGUGAUAUUUUUAAAAAGAUG